CGGGCGGCGGCGCCGAGCCCCCUGCGCGCGGCACAUGGGGCGCCUGACCGAGGCGGCGGCAGCGGGCGGCGGCGCUUCGGCGGCGCGCUCGGCCGGGCCCCCGCCCACUCCCCUUCCCCUGUCUGCCACCUCCCCCGGGACCGCGGCCACCAUGGCGUCCAGCGAGGAGGACGGCAGCAACGGCGGCGCCUCGGAGGCCGGCGAGGAGAGGGAGGCCGCCGGCAAGCGGAGGCGCCGCGGCUGGGUGGCCACCGCCUGGCUCACCUUCUACAACAUCGCCAUGACCGCGGGGUGGUUGGUUCUAGCUAUUGCUAUGGUACGUUUUUAUAUGGAAAAAGGAACACACAAAGGUUUAUAUAGAAGUAUUCAGAAGACACUUAAAUUUUUCCAGACAUUUGCCUUACUUGAGAUAGUCCACUGUUUAAUUGGAAUUGUGCCUACUUCUGUGCUCGUGGCUGGGGUCCAAGUGAGUUCAAGAAUCUUUAUGGUGUGGCUCGUUACUCACAGUAUAAAACCAAUCCAGAAUGAGGAGAGUGUGGUGCUCUUUCUGGUCGCGUGGACUGUGACAGAGAUCACUCGCUAUUCCUUCUACACAUUCAGUCUUCUCGACCACUUGCCAUACUUCAUUAAAUGGGCCAGAUAUACUUUUUUUAUCAUCUUAUAUCCUGUCGGAGUUGCUGGUGAACUUCUUACGAUAUACGCUGCCUUACCAUAUGUGAAGAAAACGGGAAUGUUUUCAAUAAGACUUCCUAAUAAAUACAAUGUCUCUUUUGACUACUAUUAUUUUCUUCUUAUAACCAUGGCCUCAUAUAUACCAUUGUUUCCACAACUCUAUUUUCAUAUGUUACGUCAAAGAAGAAAGGUGCUUCACGGAGAGGUGAUUGUAGAAAAGGAUGAUUAAAUGAUCCCUACAAACACGGUGCUUUUUCCAGAACAAUCAGGAUCACUUGAGUCCAAGUUUUAAUAACAAGAAUAAACAACUUCAUGAAAUAUGACGGAUUGUAUUAUUUCUUAAAAUAUAACUUGAGACACAUGGUAUUUGCCAAUAUUUGUCUUUGCAUUGUACUAGGUCUGUUUUCUACAAGAACUGUGCAAGUAUUUAUUAUCAACUCCUGGGUAGAUGAGGAUCAUUAAGAAAAUAAUUGGGUAGAUCACUUGGAAGAAAACUUUUGUUUUUUUUAGUUUCACUAAAUUCUUUUGCAGCGAAUGCGCUAGCUUUUUAAAUCAAUAUUUAGAAAUUAGUUUAAUGAUUUCACAUUAUGAUCCCUGCCAGUGAUAUUUAUGUGGUAUUUAUAAAUGAAGGUAAAUACAGAGUUAUGAUAACUUGUUAAUAAUGUAUUGGUAUUUCUUGAACCCAAGAUCUAUUUCUUUCAAGUUAUAAGGCAGCAUUUUUGAUUAAUAAAUUUGGAAGCAUGGACAUAAUUUGCUAUGGUAACACUUUUGAUAUAGGUAAGGUAGCCAUAUAAAAAACCAAAAAUAUUCAAGUAGAUGUCAGAAUUGUAAAAUAUUCUUUGAGCAUAUGUCUAGGCCAUUGAAAUUACCUAUACCCCUAAGCAAAUUUAUUUUUAUUUGAAUUAACCACUCAAGGACAACCUUUUCAACAGGAAGGAGUUUCAGAGAUUAGAAAAAAUAUAAGUAUAUCCUUUGCCUCCCUUGUAAAAAAAAAAUAACAUUGGAUCUGAUCAUAAUGUUAUAUUCAGAACUCUGGCUGAGAAAGGCUGCUCUGUACCAUGGAAAAAUUCAAUAGAAAUCAUGUUAUGAUAAUCCCAUUGUGGUACCUAGGUAACUAAAGCUUUUGGGAUAUUAUCUGAAACAGAUUCAUUUUAUUCUGAAUUCCAUUGAAUAGCAGAGCUCCUGUCCACAUGUUUAAUGAAAGAUGCAAUGAAGGCAUUUUUCUGCUUUCUUUCUUAAGUAGGUGCUUUAGAAAUUUUCCUGCUUAUAUUAAGGUAUGCUGCUUGACUGAUCCAGUUUAGAGAGAAUGUGAAAUAUGUGACUUUAAAAGAAAAGGAACUUUGUGCCUGCUAUACAUAUAUGGCUGUAAUUUUGGCUUUACACGUUCGGUAUUGUUUGCAUUUACAGUCACCAUGGAACGUUACACUUUUCAGAAUUGCUUGUUCUGUGUUACCACCUCCUUUUCAACUUAUUUCAUGUGGAUAUUUGUAGUUCAGAGUAGUUUUGCACACUUUCUUUUUAGAUCACUUGACUUUUAAAAGGUGCUAUUUCUUUUAUUACAUUACAUUUUAAUAUUUCCUCUGCAGCUGAAUGUUUUAGCGAGCCAUCUGUAUUAGGUUACUAAUUCUCAAAGGCUGAUGUUCAUCUGCGCUUACACGGCUUGAUCCAUUUUCGUCUUGCAUUUUUGUAUGGAAGAAAUUUUCAGGAAGCCUUUCCCUUUGCAAACAUAGUGUGAGAAGUUCACAUAUUUAUCUUGUUAGAUGCCUGUCUUAUAAAAAAUAUUUUAAAUCCUGUUCCUGAAAUUUGCAUUAGUUCAACUUGCGCUCCCUUCCAGCAUCUGUAACCCUCCUUUUUCCCCUAAGUUGUGGAAUAUCUCGAAGUAGGAAUUGUGAUUAACUUUAAUAAAAACGAAAAUGCAUCAGACUAUUCAGUGACCUAUAUUAAUAUACUCAAAGUACGCCUAAACUGGAGAUUCACUUUAUUUUCAGGAUCUUCUAUUUCAACUAAUUCUAAACCGUCCUUGUGUAGAGAAUAAAGUGCUUAAAUGGUGGUUUGAUUUUAAAAGGAGAGAGUGUUUGAAAGUCCUCUGUGCUGUGCCCUUUGACUGCAUCUUUUGCAUUUCUUCCCAAGUCACUCUGUCUUUCCUCUCAGUAGGUGAGUCAGGGCUUGCAUCAAAUAGAACUUGAAUUCAAUCCUGUAGACUCUGGCAUUUCAAAGACAUGUAUCAAGAAAGUUGAUGCUAGCAACUUUCGAUUGGAUUUGGUGACAUUCCUUAAAAUUCUGGUUUUAAAUGUUUCAUAGCAUUAUAGCUCAAUAUAGUACACAAUAUGUACACCAUGCAUUUUUUUUUAUUUUUACUUUUCACAGUCUUAAUUUGAUAAUAAUACAGCAACAUCCCUGAUAGUUAAAACUUAAUUAAAAAAGCAUGCCCAAAUAAAUAUAAAAAAGUCAUUUUCACCAAAAGCUUUUGUUACUUGCAUCUGUAGGUUCUCAGAAGCAUUAUUUUUGCAUCUUUAGAUUUUUAAGCAUCUGAUUAUUAUGCCACUGUCUCAUGGUUUCUAGUGAUACAUUGCAAGUGAUAUGGAAUCAUGCAAUCAUCCUUUUUUUCCUCCCCCCAAAUAUAUGUCUACUGUGUGCCAGGUACUGUUGUAGGAAAUUAACAUAUUCCUCCAAUCAUCUCUGUCUCUCCCCUACACAGGAAACCUCUGACACAAUUGCUAGGUUACAUUGGUUAGGGAAUCACAUUGCGAAAUAAUUAUCUGUGCUUUGACAAAACAUUGUGCGUUGGUAAUCUGAUGAGGCAGGGUUCUUUGUUACUUAUGUGUGUAUAAGCAUAUCAGCGCACUGCUAAAUGCUAAAACUACUUUCAGACAAACAAAAUCAAUUAGAAAUAUGAAACUGAUAAAAUAAAUCAUUAAGGCACAAUACUGAAGGAAAAAUACAAGAAGCAACAUUCAAAAUAUUUUUCAAAGGAAUGUGUAAAAUGUAGAGGUAUUUUCUAUUAACCUAUAUAUAGAUCUGGAAUAUACAUGUAAUUGAUGGAAUAAAAAGAACAAUACAGUUUUGUAAUUUCUAGUGUGAAGACAGUAAGUGGAAUUGAAAAUUUAAUUUGUUCAUAUUUUUAGUCUAAAUUUACAAAACAUCUUAAAUAGACAUAAGUAGUUCCUUGAGAUAUGAAGCUUAAAAAUGUAUUCUAAAAGUUUUAGAUUUUCUUUUUAUGUUUCUGCUAAGCUUUUAAAAGUAUUUAUAUUACUUUUUGUUUUGAAAUAAUUUCAGACUUUCAGGAAAGCUGCAAGAAUUCUAGAAAGUCUUCACUUGAAUUCCCCACUUGUUAACAUUUUGUACCAUUUUCUCUAGCAUUCUCUAUAUAUUCAUAAUAUUUUGUGAACCAUUUGUGAAUAAGUUGAAAACAUUAACCCCUAAUUACUUCAGUGUGUAUUUCCUAAGAACAAGGAUGUUCUCUUACAUAACCCCAAUACAAUGACGAAAAUCAGGAAAUUAGCACUGAUAGAACACCUUCAGCUAAACUACAGACCUUAUUCAAAUCAUCAUGGAUGUUCUGAACACGUAUGUGUUGUGGGUCAAGAUCCAUCCAGAGUCAGGCAUCACCUUUACUUGUCAUCUCUUUUAGUCUGAAACAGUUUCUUGGUUUUUCUUCGUGCUUCAUGACUUUGACAUUUUCUUUCACCAGUACAGGCCAGUUAUUUUGCAGACAGUCUCUCAAUUUGGUUUCGUUUGAUGUUUCUUCAUGAUUAAAUUUAUGCACCCUCUGGCAGGAAUAUUGAUUUGUUCCAUUUACUGGUGAUAUUAACUUUGAUGUUUUAGUGUUUCUGUUUUUAAAUGUUUGGUUUCAUAGAUAUUUUACUAAUAGAAGGCCUUUUGCUCUAAUUCAUUCGAGUUUGGCUUUGAAGUGAGGCACUGGGAUUGUUUUUACCUGAUUAAUAUGCCUGUGAUCUGAUAGAUGAAGAUCGAUAUCGAUGUCAUUUUAAGUGCUUAAAAAGUACUAAGUUUUUUUGACACCUGUAGUUUCCAGUCAUAUUAACAACUCACCUUUAUAUUGACUCUCAUGCCCUUAGACUAAAACUGUAAUUAAUAUAUUUUGGUUUUGCUGGAAAAUUCUUAACUACAGCAUUUUGUUCUAUGUUAUUAUAUACUCUUACCAUGUUAUUCUGCUUUACUAAAAUGAUAUAUAAUGCAAGAUUGAGAUGGCGGUAAAAGUACAUGUUAUUUCUUGAUUUAUGAUAGUGCCCUGUCCCUAUAUUUUUUAAUGUAGUGUGUACAAUUUGAAAAUUAAAAAUUAUUCUU